AUGGCUGCUCGGCGGAGCCCGCUGAACCCUGCCAUGGGGGGGGAUGGCGAAGAGGCGGCGCAGCCCUCCCCGCCGGCCCCCCCGGGGAGCCCCGGGGCAGGCGGCGCGGGGGGCGGCCGGAGGCUCCGCGGGGCGGUGGGACCUCGGUGGAGCUCGGUGCGUGGCCUCACCUGCGACGCGGGGGGGCGCGGAGCAGCCCGCCCCGAUCGCACCCGGCCCCGUAGCGCCGGCCCGGCACGUGCCCGCAGCCCCCGCCCGGUGCCCGCCGAGGGCAGCGGCGGCUCCGAACCCCGGGGGGCGCGGACAGCGGAAGAUCCUGUCGCCCUGCGACUGCUCCACACCUUGGCGAUUGAACAUGGAAGGCGCUUUGCCGCGCCGUGGGCGCAUCACGGGUGGCUCCCGCACGCGCGGAAGCCGCUGCCUCCGCCGCGCACGGUGCGAAGGGCGCCGGUGCCUCCCAGCAAUACCUCUCCCGGCGUAGCCCACCCGGAUGCCUCCCUCCUCAAAGCCCCCCAGUCUGUGCCCCAGAUGGGGAUCAAGUCACCCGUGUCCCCACUCCCCCUGCCCACUCGAGGUCCCGCUUGGCGGAGCAGCGGGACCGCCCCGUCCUGCUGGCUUUCCCGGCGCGCAGUCCCGCCGGACCCUCUGCCGCGAGUGGGACGAAGACGGCCGGCCUCCUCCGUGACCCGUGAUGCGGAGACAGAGGACCGGCGGUCCCGCCGCACUUCUGGAGCGCCGCGGGCUCCCGCGUGCCGUCGGUGCCCACGGAACACCAGCGGCGAGAUGGGGGGCCGGGAGCCCCGGGGCGGGAAGGGACAGCGAGGGUCCGGUCGGGGCGGGGGGCGCGCGCUGGCGGGGUGCCACCGGGAGUCCCCCGGUGUGCCGGGGGUCCCGGCCGGGGGGGCGCGGGGCCGUUCCGCCCGCGAGGGCCGUUGCUGCGAUACCGGCGGGCCAAUCAGCGCCCACCAGCUCACCCGGGCCCGCGCGCCGCUGCCUUAUAUGGUGCGCGCCGUCCGCGGGGCGCCGCGCGCAUCGCCAUAUAAGGGCAUGAACCUAAAUACAGCGCCUACCUUGGGCGGGGCGGGGCCGCAGGGAGGGCGGGGCCCGGCCGCGCCCCCCGCCCCACCGGGCCCGCCGCCGCCGACCACCCCCAACCGGAGGAACCCGCCUCCGGUCAUUAGGAGGACGGUGCCACCUAUGGAAAGCACCUGGAAUUCACCGCGCCGGCGGGAACGCGCCGGGAAGGUCAGCGUUUCCGUGCGGCACCGUCGAGACGAGCCGCUCUCCGGGCCGGGCCGGGAGGUGUCGGAGGGGGCUUGGCUGCCCCGGUCGGCAGGGCCGCCACUGUCCCUCAGUUACCGCCUGCCCCGGGGAAGAUGCUCGGCUCGGUCCUGGGGCGGCGGCGGGGCCCGACUGCGGACCGGCCUCGGCGCUGGGCUGCACCUCCUCGGAGCGGUCGCUUCACCGGCUAGCCAAGGCCCCGAGGUCUCUCUACGGCCCCGCCAGCCCCCUCCGGUCCCCGGGGAAGGGGCAGCAGCCGUGCCAGGGGUCGACCCACCGGGGCACGCUGCCUUCCGUCUCCACGUCGCCUCCGCAGCCGCCGAGGAAGCCCUGCCCGGUCAUGAAUUCGAUGCCAAGCACCUUGACACGAAAACUUACACGGGAGUUCCGGGGCUGGUGCAGCCCCGCGCGGAUGCCACUGCACGGGAACCCCCGAGAUCUCCCUUCCCCUCACCGGCUACCUGCGAGCUUCCCGGCAGCAUCCCCAGCGGCACCUUGGGAUGCCGGUGCCGCAGCUCGGAGCCAGUCUCUGCCUCCCCGAUUAUCCCCGAGCUGCUCGGAAACGAAAAGGCAGCGUCCCGGGGUGCGGGCUGCACCCCCAGUCCCGGAAAAGGCUGUGGACCGGGGGGGGCCCGGUGA